UUGAGAGAGGCAGAGAAGAAAACAAAAGGCGAUUAGGGUUUAAGCAGAAACCCUAGAGAAACCCUAGAGAGAGAGAAUGGGGAAGACGACGUAUAUGCGGUUGAAGGGAAGCCAGAGUAUGAGGCAAAGGCUGCUUCUGGCGACGCUUUCUUCGACUCCGAUAAUCAUCGAAGAGAUUCGUGCCGAUGAUAUGAUUCCCGGUCUCCGUCCACACGAGAUUUCUCUUCUUCGUCUCUUCGAGAUUGUUUCCGAUGACUGCGUCGUCGAGAUUAACGAAACUGGAACCAAGCUAAAGUACAAACCUGGGAUUAUAAUGGGAGGGAAGAACUUGGUUCAUCACUGUGGGCUGAAUCGAUCUAUCGGCUAUUUUUUGGAGCCAUUGCUUGUGUUGGGGCUGUUUGGAAAGAAACCCCUUUCGAUAAGACUCAAAGGAAUUACAAAUGAUUCAAGGGACCCAAGCAUCGAUACAUUUCGUUCUACCACGUUACACAUAUUAAAGCGUUUCGGAGUUCCUGCAGAAGGGUUGGAUCUAAAGAUAGAAGCUCGUGGGGUAGCACCGGAAGGGGGUGGAGAAGUUGUCUUAACAGUCCCUAACGUUCAGAGUCUAACUGCAGUCCAGUGGAUGGAUGAAGGAAUGGUUAAGAGGAUACGAGGUGUGACUUUCUCCACAAAAGUUUCCACCGACUUUGAACAUUCUAUGAGAUAUGCAGCUCGUGGAAUCUUUAACAACCUUCUUCCCGAUGUUCACAUCUUCUCUGAUCACAGAGCUGGUCCACAGGCUGGAAAAUCCCCCGGUUACGGGAUAUCAAUUGUAGCAGAAACCACUUCAGGGUGUUACAUCUCUGCCGAUACCGCGGUCUCUUGUGGAAGAGUAGAUGAAACGGGUGAACUCGAAGCAGAGAAGAAAGAGAGAAUGCCUGCAGAGUACACAGGUGAGGAAACAGCGUCCUGUCUUCUUCGGGAGAUUGAAAAAGGCGGAGUUAUUGAUUCAACACACCGGGGUCUGUUGUUUAUACUGUGUGCACUAUGCCCGCAAGAUGUAUCGAAGGUUCGUGUGGGAACAUUGUCUCGACACGAAUUCGAGACAUUCGCCGAGACAUUGAGGAACAUAAGAGACUUUUUGGGGGUUAAGUUUGGGAUAGAAACUGAUCCAUCGACCGGGACGGUGAUAAUGAAGUGUGUAGGAAGCGGUUUGAAGAACCUUUCGAGAAAGUUGUCGUGAUCUUUUUGAGCUUCUUUCUGCUGAAUCUAAUCACAAAAAUUGACAAGGGAAAGUUAGCAUCAAGUGAUGAAGGAGAUCCCCUUCUGUUGCCAGUUUUGGUUCUCGUUGAAGUGGGACGAGUUAACAGUCACAGAAUGCCUGUAAGAGAAUAAUGAGCAAAGAAUCAUUACCAAUGAUAAAUUAACAGUAGAAUCUUA